UAUAUUUAUGCAAAAAAUUCAAAACUUUAUUGAAAAAAAUAAAGCAGUCGUUGCCAUUGCAGCUGUUGCUGCUGCUAUUGGUAUUGUUGGAAUAAAAGUCUUAAAUUAAGAAAAUAGAGGGAGUGGUAUUAAUUUUAUUAUCUUUAGCUAAAAUCUUAGAUGCAAGUAUUUAAAAGGUUCCCUUAAUUUAAAGAUUAGGUGGAGAAUAAUCAGCUUAAUCAACAAUAUCAAUGUUAUUUGAACGUGUCUCAAAAAAUAAGGAAUUUAAACCCCUUUUAUAAAAUGUUGAUUAGAGCGUAUUUUUUAUAUUAAAUAAAUUCUUAGAAAUUUAAAUAGCAUUUCAUUUCCGUAGUACUACAUUUAUUUGGAUAAAACCUGACAUCAUCUUAAUUAAACUUCUCAGGACAUUGCAAAUUGAAUUUAACAGAAGCUUAAUUUGAAACACUUUUAAAUCUUUUAGAUCAAUUGCUUUUAUCAUUAGGAGUUGAUAAUAGAGAAAUCAAAGAUGCAAAAGAAGCAUUUUUAAAUGUUAAAUUAUAACUUGUGGGUCCAAAUCAAAAUGCUUGAUAG